UGUACCACUACUCCAUCUGAGAAGUGUUCGAUAUGGCUGCCAAUAUUCUGCUGAGCCUGCUGCUCCUCUUCGUUGCCUCCGACUUGGUUGUUGGCUGUUCCAACAAACUCUGCCCGGUGGUCACUAACUCGAAUUCUCUGUGCGAGGGAAAGCCAGAGUACCAGUGUGUUUGCGAUUUCACCUGCUCCGAGUGGGACAAGCCCUGCAAUUGGGUCCUCAGCUGUAAGGCCGAGAUCGACAACAUCAAUGAGUUUCGCAACAGAAAGAGCAAGCUACCUGUUUUCAGACUGCCCAAUCGCAGUCAUCAGGAGUGUCUGGACAUCAAUAUUAAUACACACAAGCAUCCAAACUGUUGCAACUUGUUCUGUAAAGCUAAGAUUAAGGAUGUGUGUUUCUAAAUAAAUAUGCAAUGGUUAAACAAA